AUGGGAGAUGUGACGUACGGCGCAUGCUGCAUCGAUGACUACACUGCAAGAGCGCUGGGCUGUGACUUACUCGUCCACUAUGCCCAUAGCUGCUUGAUUCCUGUGGAUGUGACCACCAUCAAAACCCUCUACAUCUUCGUCGACAUCAGCAUCGACACGCAGCAUCUGAUCGCCACCCUGGAGCGAAACUUUCCCGCCGGCAAGACAAUCGCCGUGGUAGGCACCAUCCAGUUUAACGCGACCCUCCACGGCCUCAGAUCCGUCCUGGAGAAGGCCGGGUUCCGCAUCCUGGUGCCUCAAAUCAUGCCCCUUAGCAAGGGCGAGAUUCUAGGCUGCACCUCUCCCCAACUGCCCAAAGACGAGGUCGACAUCCUCCUGUAUCUAGGCGAUGGCCGCUUUCAUCUCGAGUCCGCAAUGAUACACAACCCGUCCAUUCCCGCGUAUCGCUACGAUCCAUACUCGAGGACGCUGAGUCGGGAACGAUACGACCACGAGGAAAUGCAAACGCUCCGAAAGGACGCGAUACGGUCCGCUCGGUCGGCGAAGAAAUGGGGGAUUAUACUCGGCGCGCUUGGCCGGCAAGGAAACCCCAACACCAUGGCGCUUAUUGAAAAGCAUCUCAACGAUCGCGGCAUCCCGUUUGUCAACAUGCUACUUAGCGAGAUAUUCCCUGGGAAACUAGCCACGAUGCCUGACGUUGAAUGCUGGGUGCAGAUCGCCUGCCCGAGGCUCAGUAUUGACUGGGGCUACGCGUUUCCACGACCGUUGCUCACCCCUUAUGAGGCACUUGUUGCUUUGGGCGUUCGUGAGAGUUGGGAUACUGCGAAUAACGGUAUAUAUCCAAUGGACUUCUACGCCAAGGAUGGUCUAGGAAGGACUAAACCGGAUGUUACCAUUCCAUCUGCUGCAUGA